CGUACAGGCCUAAUUGGUUAUAUUCGUGAGCACGUUGAGGUUCAGGUUUGAGAUCUACACCAGUCAACUAAAGGAGAGGGGCGCAGCUAGAUUUGCUUUUUUUUUUUUUAGAAAGAAGAGAGAAAGAAAAGUCCUUCUGUACUUUAUGUAUAGCCUAAAGGCCCUUCGUAUGCUUGCGUUGUUUUACCGUCAGGUCCACCAGCGCUCACUGAUUGUGUACAAGUAUGGAAGCCUAAAGGAUUUCUCUGACCAGAGAGACAUGGCCAAGCAGCCGGCCAGCGCUCCUACCGGCUACAUCCCGACGCAGCAUCCCGACGGAGCUGCGGGACUUACAGGAAACAAACCGGACAACACGGCGGCGUGCCCGCCGCCCGCCCCUCACCAUCACCCGGCGCCCCAGCCGCCGCCUCCGUGCAACGAGAGCAAAACUUUUUGUCCCGCGGAAAAUAAACCGGCAGAUUUGGACAGCAAUAAAGCGUAUGGGACGUUUAAAAACACCCCGCCGGCGGUGCCUGGAUCCGUGGCCGUCAACUCGGCCUUCAGGAAGGAUUCCGUCGGCUCGGCCCGCGGGGGGUCCGCCCAGUACGGCGACCCGCUCCGGGCCACCGCAGAGCAGAACAACACCGCGGGCAACUGGACGGCUAUGAGCCAGACCACCAUCAUACUGGGAACAGAUGGGAACACGUCUGUUCAGCCCGGCACCGUGACGGGGAGUGACGAUGAUGACGAGGGGGGAGAUGAGAAUAAGGCCAGAGGAAACUGGUCCAACAAACUGGAUUUUAUUCUGUCCAUGGUUGGCUAUGCGGUGGGACUGGGAAACGUGUGGAGGUUCCCUUAUCUCGCUUUCCAAAAUGGUGGAGGAGCUUUUUUGAUCCCUUACCUGACAAUGUUGGGCAUUGCCGGGAUCCCAAUCUUUCUCCUGGAGGUUUCCCUGGGCCAGUUUGCCAGCCAGGGCCCCGUGUCAGUGUGGAAGUGCAUCCCAGCUCUGCAAGGUUGCGGGAUUGCCAUGUUGAUAAUAUCUGUCUUGAUAGCCAUAUACUAUAAUAUUAUUAUGUGCUGGACACUGUACUACCUGUUCGCUUCGUUGAAGGGCUCACUGCCAUGGGCUAACUGUAGGAAUGAGUGGAACACGGUGGAAUGUAAGGACAAAGACAUGCUGCUGUUAGACUCGUGCAUCCUGCGGGACAGAAACAUCACCUCCAUCAAGAACUCCUCUUUCUGUCUGUCCGCAAACGCUGUGGGAAACCUGACCAAACUGAUAAACAUGACCGUGGACAGCAACAAGACCUACGUCAGCCCCAGUGAGGAGUACUUCAAGUACAACGUGUUGCACAUCUCUAAAGGAAUUGAAUUUCCAGGAGACAUCCGCUGGCCUCUGGCAGGCUGUCUGUGCCUGGCCUGGAUCAUUGUUUACGCGUCUUUAGCCAAAGGAAUCAAGUCAUCAGGAAAGGUGGUUUAUUUCACAGCCACAUUUCCCUAUGUGGUGCUGGUCAUCCUGCUGAUCAGAGGAGUGACCCUGCCCGGUGCCUUUGACGGCAUCCUCUACUUUAUCACACCAAAGUGGGAGAAACUGAAUGAUGCAAAGGUGUGGAAAGAUGCAGCCACUCAGAUCUUUUUCUCUCUGUCGGCUGCUUGGGGAGGCCUCAUCACUCUCUCCUCCUACAAUAAGUUCCACAAUAACUGCUACAGGGAUACUAUAAUUGUGACAUGUACAAACAGUGCCACCAGUAUAUUUGCCGGGUUUGUCAUAUUCUCAGUCAUUGGCUUCAUGGCACAUGAGUUGAAAGUGCCGAUAGAGAAGGUGGCAGAUGAAGGUCCAGGCAUAGCGUUCGUGGUGUAUCCAGAAGCUCUGACCAGACUUCCCCUGUCUCCCUUCUGGGCGAUCAUUUUCUUUCUCAUGCUCCUGACUCUUGGCCUGGAUACCAUGUUUGCCACCAUUGAAACCAUCGUGACCUCCGUGUCGGACGAGUUCCCCAAAUACUUGAGGAAACACAAACCGCUCUUCACCCUGGUCUGCUGCGUCUCCUUCUUCAUCUUGGGAUUUCCCAUGAUCACAGAGAGCGGGAUGUUCAUGCUGCAGCUGGUCGACACGUUCGCAGCUUCCUACUCUUUGGUCAUCAUUGCUAUCUUCGAGCUGGUGGGGAUUUCCUACCUCUAUGGUCUGCAGAGGUUUUGCGAGGACAUUGAAAUGAUGAUUGGUUUCCAGCCAAACCGAUUCUGGAGAAUCUGCUGGGCCUUCGUGACUCCGACCAUCCUGACGGGCAUCCUGGGACUGAGUCUUUACCAGUGGAAGGUGAUGACUUACGAGGACUACACCUACCCCACCUGGUCAAUGGUUAUGGGCUGGCUCAUGGUCAUCUGCUCUGUCAUCUGGAUCCCCAUCAUGUUCCUCAUUAAGAUGCACCUCGCACCCGGCACCAUAAGUGAGCGUCUGAAGCUGGUCUGCGCCCCUCAGCCCGACUGGGGUCCUUUCCUAAUGAAGCACCGUGGAGAACGCUACAAGAACAUGAUCGACCCUCUGGGAACCAACUCCCUGGGCCUCAAAUUGCCCCCCAAGGACUUCCAGCUUGGCUCCUACCAGUAACAGCCACCCCGGCAGCACCGCAUCCACCAAUGCCUGCAGGGGGCACCGGGAUGGGGGGCAACCUCCACCUCUUCUUCUCCCUCCUCCUCCUCUCUCUCUUCCCUCUACCUCCCCCUCUUUGCUUCCUGUCUUCCUUCCUGUACCGUGGAUGUGGAAACAGGCCCCCUCUCCUCUCCCCUCUCUUCUUCCUCACCACUUCCUCUCUUCUGUCAGGGAGGAGUGGCUGCCCAGGUGGAGUCUACUCCUCCGCUGCUGCUUCAGUAAAUGGGCUAUCAUUGCCUCCCACACAUGACCACUGAUUACUCCAGAACCCUUCCCAGGGAUCUUUAUUCCAAGAGAAAAAUCGUGUCAUAAAAUGACACAGCUCAGACUGCACUUGCAAUAUUAGACUCACCGUAGCUGCUCCCUAUGGAGUUGUGUGUGUAUGUGUGUUCGUGUAUGUGAGUGGGUGUGUGUGUGUGUAUGUGUGUGUGUGUGUGCCAUCAUAUAUGUGUGUAGAGAUAAUAAAUCAUCUCGGUGCAAGCAGACAAGAAAAACAAAAAGAAAAUUGAACGAGAGAGAAACAAUGGUUCAACGAGCUCAACGGGGAUCUGUGUUUUGUUCCAUCUGUGUACAAAAUUCCAUCUGCAAUACAAAUAAUAUCAAUUGCCUGUGGAAAAAAAAAAUCACAGUAUGCACUGGUAUCACAUUUUGUUCCCAUCCAGCAGUAUAUAUGUAUAUUCACACUAACUAUUGCUCAGUCGCUCUUGCUUUGUCAAAAAUAGAUUACAAGAUCUGCAAUUUGUGCCUCUUACGUCCCAGUAGAGUAGCAAAUGCAUCCUGAUUACAACUUCAAGUAGAUUCACUUCGGCCUGGACGACUCUGCAGUAUGAUAGAAGCUUGGGUCGUUUUUUCGCUCCGAGUCUGAGGUACCAUUUGUGAUUGCCCUCCUUGCCUAUUUAUUAAGUCAUAUUCCUCUUCUCCUUUAUUGUAUUAUCCUAUAUUGUAAAGUAGCACACUCCUAACAUAGCAAACAACUAGAGUAGUCUCUCCUUCCUUUAGUAGGUGAUAAGGUGGCCAUUUAACCUUUUUAAGCCCAGAGAACCUGACCUGAUAGCCUCCCUGUGCAUAUAUUUUAGAUGGUGCAUUUAUCGCUGUAUGUAUUGUGAACUUGUCAAGCCCUCUGUGAAAGCCAUCUUAACAAUGUGCAUCACAUCAUUAGAAUAACAGCAUAAAAUAUAUUUAUAUAUAUACAUAUACAGUAAUAUAUGGAAAGCCUCCAGCAGAGAAGAGAGCUGGCAAGAGAUAGAGAUUGAGUGCGUGCGUGUGUGUUUUCAUGUCUCUCUGAACACAUUUCUCUUGCUAGCUGUGUAAUAUCUUGUACAAAGUGUACAAAAAAAAAAUCUACAAGUCGUAGGUGUGUGUGUUGUCGCGUCCUCACAAUGUUAGGAGCAGCUGCUAUGCGUGAGUAGAUGAAGAUUAGACUAGAAAAAUGGACUCCUUCUCUCCUGGAAGUGUACUUUGUCUCUUGAUGUUUGUGGUAGAGCUCCGGAGACCUCUUUGCCAUUUUCAGACUUAUGCCUCUUGCUUCUCUGUGUGUUCUCAUGAAAAACAGGGUCUCAGGUAUACUCGAUUCCAUCAAACUACUCCGGUAGUUGUAGGAAUAACAGCAUUCAGUGCAUAGGAAAACAGAGAAUAGAGCCAUCUUAAUGCUAACUAUAUUGGAAGCAGUGUGGAAGUGUGUUGCAAAGGGUCAGAAUCACAAAACUACUUCCCGAUGACCACAAUGCAGCAUCGCUUUGCAUCCUGCUUGCUGUUGCUUAAAUGCGCCUUGCGUUGAUAAUACAGGACGUAUAAGUGACUUUACCUGUUUUUACCAACUAUGUGCUGUGUGAAAUCAAAUUUCUUGCUUUUCAUUAUACAGUAGCUAGAUGAGAAAAACAACACUAAGUUGAGAUCAAUUUUAGAAAUCUAAAUUCGGAUGCCGUGAGAUUUAAUUGCCUCUCGAGCCAGUUUGUCGACCAUCGAUACACUGAUCAGUUUUAUUUGCACUGGCAGAAAAUUGAGCUUCUGGUCACCUUGCCCGCACUGUCAUUCAUUAUUUCCUUUUAAGUUGUGCUGGCGACACAUCAUUAGCCCAAAUGAACAACUAUAAGGGUGUUUCUAGGUGUGUAAAAGUUCCCUUCACAUGUUACACCGGAGCACGGUGAAGGAACAGUCUGGUUGCCGCUCAGCGGGUGUCCAACUGGCUGCACAGGCAUGACAGGCAGCCAACCUUUACUUCGUGGCCUGCCGACCAAUUACCUACAAAGUAACACCACGUAUCCACUCAGAAGCAAUUAGUCCAUUUCACGUUUUGAUCACUUGGGUAUGCAUUACCGCGUAUUCAUUCAUUCAGUCCUGAGUGGCGUUACUGUGCUUUUAUCACUGCAGGUGUUGACUUGUUGAGUGACUCAACUGUUUUAAACAGAGGCUGCACGUAUGAAUGCAUUAACAGUCGCUCAGAAGUUUAAAGGUCUCCUAACUAUUUCUGGAAGCCAUGUCUACUCAUGACCUUGAAAUGGAAAUAGCACAGAUAUGAUUUGAGAGGUUGUUUGAAAACAUAAUCACUUAAUGAGCACAAAAGCCCUGUUGUUAAAUAGUUUGCUUGCUCCACAGUGUUGCUUUAAGACUUAGUGUAUUUCACUCUAUUUGUUCAAACCUUAUAAUACUGUAUGUCUGUGUAGAUCUGUGUGUGUGUUUGUCUCUGUGUUAGUUUUACUGAACUCCUCUUAACUGUCAAUCAGAUGUUUGCAUGGCCAGUCUCAGAGUAGAUCACUGAAAGAAGCAGAGGAGAUUUACAAGACUCCCCCCCCCCCCCCAGGAUGCCUCAGCCUGAUGCUCCUUUUUGUCUUCGCUAACAGACGCGAGCGUCACGAACCACCAAUUGUGAACUUUAGCUGAGUAAAAACAAACUUCUAAAACUGAUAUGCUUUUAAGAAUUCAGUCCUAUGACAACUACCCAGCAGGGGUGGAUAAAGAAGCAGGCUGACAUUUUAAAUCAUGUGUUGAAUGUAGUGGACAGAAUGCCCUUUGUAGUAAGAUUUGAAUGAUAAAAGCCAUUUGUAUCCUGAGAUAAACUGUAUUGAUUUCCUUCAGGGCCACAGAUAGAUAACUAAGUUUUGUGACCCGGUGUUUACCUUUAUUGAGCUUCUCUGCUUUUGUUCUGAGGGAAAAAAAAUGGCUAAGGGUUCAGUUAAAACCACAUUGCUUCAUAAGAUGUAACACUGAAGAGCUUGCAUGUGCAGUUUGUGUUGCUGUAACUCAAUGUCCAUGUAUAGUAAUCCUUGUCCUUCCUCUCUCGGUAGUAUAAGUCUGUGCAUGUUUACUUUAGGGAGCUUUUUGUUCGACAUAAUGUUAAGAAACGAGGGUUGCUAUUGUCCUUCUUACAGAGGGGGAAGAAGAAAAAAAAAACCUGUCAGUUCACUUUGCCUGCAAGUCAGCUUUGGGCAGUAUAGGUAACCAAAGAAAGAGUAUUUUAACUAGGGUUGUAGUGACAACAGAAAACAAGCUGAAGAAGAAAAAAGGAUCGUGUCAUCUGCGUAUAGGAGGUUGAGAUACUGCCAUUCAUAUUCCAUGUAGUGCUCCUUGAUGUUUGCCAAUACGUUACAAAACAUCUUCAGGUAACCAUUGGCCUUAUAGAUGUCCUCUAAUGGUAGAAUAUUGUAUGUAUUUCAAAAAUAACACCACAGAAUAGCUUAUUGUCUGUCUCAUAUGGUAACAGUAUUCCUAUUGUUAUGUCUGUUGUGUCUUUUUGGCACUUUAUUGUCCGACCUAUGAAUGCAUAGGUUAAAUUUCUAAUUACUUGAGUAAUGUCAUAUAUUUCUGUGUUCUAUGUGAGGUACUGCUGCCUAUGGAUAUAGAUAUGUGCCUCCAACAGCCCAUGACAUCCUUUGAUUUGACUGUAGAUUAGAUAUAUAAGAAAUAUGUUUUAAAAUCUGUGUGAGAUGUUAAAAAAAAAAGAGAAAGAAAAUAUAUAUCAUAUAUGUGAAAUGCAUCUAUUUAUUUUCAAUUUCAUCAAUCUUUGAGGCCCUACCUCAGAUUUUGUAUUUAUGUAUAGAAAUGCAAUUGGAUUAUAGUAUCUUUGCCAAUAAUAAUAUAUCGCUAUUAUAUCAUGAAAUGUAUAACAUAUGAAUCAAUAAAUAAAUGUUAUUGUUUUA